AUGACCAAAUCUGGAGAGAGACCAAAGCAGAGACAGAGGAAAGGGUUAUGGUCACCUGAAGAAGACCAGAAGCUCAAGAACUUCAUCAUCUCUCAUGGCCAUGCUUGCUGGACCACUGUUCCCCUCCUUGCUGGAUUGCAAAGGAAUGGGAAAAGCUGCCGUUUAAGGUGGAUUAAUUACCUAAGACCAGGACUAAAGAGAGGGACGUUUAGUGAAGAAGAAGAAGAUAUCAUAUUGACUUUACAUUCUUCCUUGGGUAACAAGUGGUCACGGAUUGCUAAAUACUUACCGGGAAGAACAGACAAUGAGAUAAAGAACUAUUGGCACUCUUAUCUGAAGAAGAGAUGGCUCAAAUCUCAACCACAGCUCAAAACUCAGAUAUCAGACAUCACAGAGUCUACUUCUUCACUACUUUCUUGCGGCAAAAGAAACCUGGAAGCUGAAACCCUAAAUCACGUGAUCUCCUUCGAAAAGUUAGCAGAGUUACCAUCUUCAUCUUCAUCACCACUACCGCAACAAGAAAACAACACAAACAUGAUGAUGAACAACGAUAAAUACUUGCCUAAGCUGUUCUUCUCCGAGUGGAUCAGUUCUUCAAAUCCGCACAUAGAUUACUCCACUGGUGUUGUUACAGACUCUAAGCACGUUAGUCAAACUCAAGAUCAAAUCGAUGAAGAAGAAGUGAUGAUGAUCAACAACAGCUACUCUUCACUUGAGGAUGUCAUGCUCCGUACAGAUCAGUUCUUGCAGCCUGACCAUGACUAUGCAAAUUAUUAUUCCUCUGGGGACUUCUUCAUCAACAACGACCAAAGUUACGUCUAAAAAUGAGACGUAAUCAAGAAAUGUGAAUAAGAGAAACAUAAACAACUUACUUGCGUUACAAGAUACAUAUAAAAAAUAUUCUGUUUUUCUUUAGAUCAAACAUGAACU